AGCCGACCAUCUUAUAUUUUUUACAUUUGGCAGGUUUCUCCGCGUAUAUCCUAGAUAGAACUUCUCAUAUAUAUCAUCUGUAUCUAUGACAAUUUAAAAACAUGGCUACCAUGUGAAAAUUAAUUGGUUGGUUUGCGUACUGUAAACAAGUUUCUUUCUAUCUCCAGUUUUGUCAUGAGAGAGCACUGUUUUGCAUUGCCAAUUGCACGAAUCGUCGAUUGACAGAAACGUGCUUCGCGCUUUGGGGUGCUGGAUCGAGGAUCCACCGAAAGCGCCAAAACAACUUUCGGGAGUGAAAGCCCUUACGCAAACUGACAGUAUAGCGCAGAUUCUGUUUCUCACGAACGACUGAUGUCCCGUGGCCUUCGUUCCAUUAUCUGGAAAUAUUCUCGUCUUUCUGCGAGAUCGAAGUGCACUGCAAAUUUGUGUAUGAAAAUCCCUUUAAAAAUGCAAUUGAGGAAGCGCUGAGAAGUGGAACGUGAGAAUUUUACGUGCGAACAUUAUUAUUUACGAGGAAACACACUGCUCCAUAACAAAUAUCCAUGGAUACUGCAUGUUUUGAUACCAUUAUGUGUCAUCCGAAAACCAUCAUUCAUUUGGAUGUUGAUUGUUUCUACGCUCAAGUGGAGAUGAUUAAUCAUCCAGAAUUGGAGGGAAAACCAUUGGGCGUCCAACAAAAGAACAUAGUUGUCACCAGCAACUACCUUGCAAGAGAUUAUGGAAUAAAGAAAUGUAUGUCAGUGCAAGAAGCUUUGCGGUUGUGUCCAGAGCUGUCGUUGGUGAAUGGAGAGGAUUUAACGAGCUACCGUCAUUAUUCAACUAAGAUAUCUGAAAUUCUGCAUCAAUUCACACCGCUAGUAGAGAGACUGGGCUUCGAUGAUAACUUUCUUGACGUGACGUCGAUAGUAGAGAAGCAGCUUAAGUCUGAGAAUGAUGAGCUUGAUAUGAGCAAUGUGGAGUUUGAAGAUUUAAAGGAGGUUACCAAGAUAUUUGGUCCCUCAGAGGAGGAGUGUCCAUGCGGCUGUCACACGCGCCUGAUGAUUGGCUCGAAGAUAGCAGCUGAAAUAAGGAGCCGCAUCUACGAGGAACUUCAUCUCACUUGUAGUGCUGGAAUAGCUCACAAUAAACUUCUAGCCAAAUUGGCGGGAUCGUUGAACAAGCCAAAUCAGCAGACGCUCAUCUUCCCAUGCAGCGGGCCGAUGUUGCUUUCUACGAUAGAUUCUGUAUCUAAGAUACCUGGUGUCGGGCAAAAAACCAUGGAAUUUUUGUUGUCGAAUAAUAUAAGGACAGUUCACGAUCUACGUAGAAUACCUUUGGAGAAUCUGGAGCUAAAGAUUGGCGUUGAUCUGGCGAGAAGAUUGAAGGACAACGCAGAGGGAAUCGACGAGACAGCAGUAAAACCGUCUGGAAAGAAGCAGUCCAUAGGCCUGGAGGAUGGAUUCAAGAGCGUUUCGCUGGUGGCCGAGGUGGAGUCGCGACUAGGUGCGCUGUUGAGAAGAUUGACCGAACUGGCGAUGGAGGACGGUAGAAUUCCCAUCGCUCUGAGAAUAACGGUGAGAAAGCAUGACUUGAACAAACCCACCUCGGGCAAGAGGGAAACCAGGCAAUGCCAGUUGCCGAAGCAUCUUUUACCGUCCACGAAGAACGGCGUGUACGAUCACAAUAAAAUGCUGACGCUCGCCCUAAAGCUGUUCCAUCGAAUAGUCGAUGUCUCCAAGCCGUUCCACUUGACACUGCUGGGUGUCGCAUUCACGAAGUUCGAGGAGAGGUCAUAUGGCAGAAGCAGCAUCGCACCUUUCCUGUGCAAACAGGUCGCCGUUCAUUCUGUUUUGGACAUCAGCUCGGAGGAAGGUAUUCCCGAGGCAAAUCAGGGCUCACCGAUGAGUAUCAAUCAGGACAGCAAUGACAGCUCGGAUCAGUCGACGACGAUGAGCCUGACGAACACCGCCGCGUCGAGUCUCUCCUGCUCGCCGAUCUCGAAGCUGUGCGUGACGAAUCAGAACGCGGAGGACGAUCCGCAGAAUGAAAUAGAGCCGCUGCCGAAGAAAACCAAGCUGGAAGUGUGGCUGAGAGGUCCUCGAGAAUCGCCGAGUAAUGAAAUGGCUGAUCUGAGACUGAGUCCCUCGUCGCCAAUGCAGUUAUCACCCACUGUGGACCACGCAGUUUUUAAGACUCUCACUGUUGAGAGGAGAGAUGUCACUCGUUCUUGGCCCACAACCAGUAAACCAAAACCGAACAAUAUACUUAAAUAUUUUAUAGCCAAUAAGUGACCGAGCCCCGUUACCUAGUAUUGAAUGUCGCGUUUACGUAUGCACUUGAACCGACAACGUUAAAUGGCAGCACCGCGUAGUAUUAUACAGGAUACGAUUCUUUAUAUAUUUUUUAACAUUUUAAAUGCCAAAUUUUAAAGUACAAAACUUAUUAUAUGACGAAUUAUCCAGGCUCUUUUUUCUAAACUAACAAAUCGAAAAACCUCAUAGUGUUUAUAUAUAUUUACAACAAAUGUUUCUGAUACUUUGUUUUAUUAAAAAUAGAAGAGAUCUAUACAGUAUUAAUAAAUAUGAAUUUGAAUUUGAAUGUAUUAUUCAAGAUGGCUACUUGCAAUUUUCUUUAAAUUAAUUGGGAAAACAAAGCCUGAAUAAUUAAUACGUCACCUUUUUAUUUUAUUGUGCUCUAAAUUGAUGCCCUAAAAUUUCAACUAAGAAUCAUCCUGCAUAAAUUUCUCUUCUGUGCCUUUAUAUCAUAAAUAUUUUACUUUUUCAAUCAGUUUUGCAGAUUUUUUGAACGAAAGAAUAUGUGUGCGUGUGUGCGUGCGUGUGUAUAUGUGUAUCUAUCUUCAAUUGCAUUUAAUAUAUUAUUCUAGUUUAAUUUAACAUAAUGUGACGAGAGAUCAUAGUUUUACAUUGAUCUAUAGUUUAUAUUAUUUUUAUUUUUACAUUUUUUUUGACAGCUAAAAUGAUAUAUUGUAACGAAAUAUGUUUAAUUAUAAUUAUUUUUCAAUAUUAUAUUGUCAUAGUAACAUAAUUCUAAAGAGUUAUGUAUUUAUUUAUAAUAAUUUAGUUCUAUAAUUAAUUUCAAAAAAAUCUUUCAGGAAAACAAUUGUCGUGAAGAUUCUAGUUUUGUAGUUACAGUAUUUGUCAUUGGUGCUGUCGCCUUUACUAAAAAAAAAAAAAA